AGGGCGCGAUUAGCUGCCUUGGAGACAUUGAACCGACCGAUAGCACGAAAAACAACGAAUGCUAACAAACACCCUGACAUGGAAGCAUCGUGAAUGCUACGAUGUUUGGUGUGCAAGCGAGAAUGGUGUGAGGAGACUGCUAUAGCUGGUGGGUUUCUGGUACUAGACAAAAAGAGCCGAAUCUGAGCGACAAAUUAUUGUGUACAUUAUACAACCACACAGGACGUGUCGGGUUACAACUCGCAGAAUAAAUAUUCGAAGGAAACUGAGCAAGGGCGCGUGGUGUAGAGCCAGCGUCGCCUUCGCCGCACACCGAGUACCUUAUACGAUUCCCAACAUGUUAGAAUGUCAGUGAGAGUUAUGGUGCCAAGGAAAAAUACGCGCCUCUCGGAUAACGCAGCACAGAAGCCGUAGAAGCUCACUAGCUCGAACACGUCUGGUCAGACUUCUGGCUCAUCAAAUAUCGUGUUGAAAUCCUGUGGUGUUUAAGAUCUCAUUGUCCACGGGGCUGUUAUAGAUCGUUAUAGGUUCGCGUAACAAGAGAGCAAAGAUAGCACGAAACACUGCCAUGCGCAUAAGAUCGGUGCUCUUAAAGCAAGCGUUCCUGUUUUUCUGGUGUGAUAUCGCUCUUGCGGGCGCUUCUCAUUUCAAUGCGCCUAGCGAGACACUUCAGAACAUUACCAUGAAGGGAAACACGAUAAUUAAUCCGACGUCGCCAAGCGUGCCGACCAAGUCCAGCACUGCGCUUUACACAGGCAUGGCGGUCGGCGGGAGUGUACUACUUAUAGUAUUCAUGGCUGUGAUCUGGGGACUCUAUGUGAAGCAGAAGCGGCGGAGGGCGCAGAUCCAGCCACGGAACAACAGUAGUGACAAUAGUUACCCAUACUAUCUCGAACAGCGAGGAUGGCAACAGUUCCGACAGCCUUUGAGUUCAGGAAUCACUGAAAGGACAGAGAAAUCAAGUGGAUCAGUAUGACUACCUCGAUAACCCGGGCAAAUGAUAUUUUGACGUGACAUUUUGUGUGAAAUAGACUGCACAUUAACCCAUUGAAAAGGAAUGCUAGAGAAAUUGAUCAUUUAAAGAACAGAGAGAGCUGAUCAGAAUAUCCUCGUUUUUCUGGGCACGAGUAUUCAUACAACAUUAUUUAAUGUUACAGACACAAGCUCCAGACCUGUUUAAAGUGAACGCUUGAGUAUGUAAGUCACUAAGGACAGAUUAUAGGGCAAAAGGGUAAAACCUCGAUAUCCCGGACAAUAGUAGGUUAUCAAGUGACGACAUGUCACUUUUUACAUUGUCACACUUGAUACUAGUCAAUGUUACAUUGACUAGAGUAAAACCUGUGCACAUUAGAGUGAACAUUAGAGAGUAAACAAGCUAGCAUGGCAUUUAACGCUAGGGUGAAAAGCUACAACGAUGAGAUAAUUAAUAGUUAUAUUUUCCAACUAUCAUUAUUCAAAUAAGGCAACUACGAUGAAAGCCAAUGAGUCAGCUAGCGCGGCAUAUAAUGUUUCUAAACGCUAGGCUGAAAAGCUAUAAUAAUAUGAGAUACUAUGAGUAAUAAUCUUUAUUGAAAGAAAUCGCUUGUUUUUUACUUCUUA